AUCCUAGACAUGAAAGAACCCAACGCAUUUGUCAGACACACACACACACACACUCUGUAUAAUUUCUCAGAGACACAAACAAAUCAUUUUCUUUACAGAUCAAGAAACAAAGAAAAAUAAAAUUCUAGUGCUGUUUCUUGAUUUUCUUGGAUUUCUUUAUAUAAUUACUCUGCAGCUUCCAAUCUUCUUAGAGGCAAGUGUGUACGUUGUGCAACUGCAACGUAAGAAAAGGCCAAGAGGGAGUGUGAUCAAGUAGCAUCGAAUCUGUGUGCAUGGCGUGCCAAAUCUUUAAAGCGCAAUCUGGCUUACGUUAGCUCACAAGAGAUUUUGUUCUCUUCUUCUUCUGUACUUAAUACAUCUGCAACUACAAAGUACCCACCGCCAUCGCCUCCUCCUUCUCUCCGCCGGUGGACGCAUUUUUCUUCUACUUCGCUAUCGUCUUUUCUUCUCUUAUUUGGAAACUAAAUAAGUAGGAGGAGGAAAACAAGGAAAAAAAAAAUAAAAAUGGCUAUUAAUAAGCUUCUUUUGACAUUUGCUAUCUGUCGGUUGAUUGUAACCGUAGGGUUGACCGUGGACCCAGCUGAGCUUCUCCGGCUUGGCGUCGACGGUCAACUCAGCGUUGACCCUUCAGACGUGGACAUCGCUUCGCUUGAUUUCGGCUUGCUCAACCGUGCCAAGCCGAUGGCAGUAUUGCGUCCGGCUUCUGCAGAGGACAUAGCCCUGCUUGUUCGCGCCGCUUAUAAUUCGGUUGGUGGGUUUACGGUGUCUGCUAGGGGUCAUGGGCAUUCCAUAAACGGUCAGGCACAGACAAGUAAUGGAGUAGUGAUUGAGAUGAGCCGUCGCUCUGGAGGAAAUCAUCAGCUGGGGUCGGCGAAUAAUAAUCCGGCUCCUCCGCAUGUUUCAGUGAAGGAUAUGCAUGUAGACGUGUGGGGAGGAGAGCUAUGGAUAGAUGUGCUGAGGAGCACGCUAGAGUAUGGGCUCGCACCAAAAUCAUGGACCGAUUACUUGUACCUUUCAGUGGGUGGUACCUUAUCAAAUGCAGGGAUAAGUGGGCAAGCUUUUAACCACGGGCCACAGAUUAGCAAUGUUCAUGAACUCGACGUUGUUACAGGGAAGGGUGAGAUCUUGACAUGUUCAGAAGAAGAAAACUCAGAGCUGUUCCAUGCCGUUCUUGGUGGUUUGGGUCAGUUUGGCAUCAUCACUAGGGCAAGAAUUUCCCUUGAACCAGCUCCCCAUAGGGUAAGGUGGAUUAGAGUACUGUACUCCAGCUUUUCGUCCUUUACAAGAGACCAAGAGUAUCUAAUUUCCCUGCACGGAAAACCAGCUACGCAAAAAUUUGAUUACGUUGAAGGCUUUGUUAUUGUAGAUGAAGGUCUUAUUAACAACUGGAGAUCCUCUUUCUUUUCCCCUCGAAACCCAGUUAAGAUUAGCUCAAUUGGUGCUAAUGGUACUGGUGUUCUUUACUGUUUAGAAAUCACCAAGAACUACCACCAAUCCACUGUGGACACCAUUGAUCAGGAAGUAGAGAGUCUGUUGAAGAAGCUGAAUUUUAUUCCAUCAUCAGUGUUCACGACGGAUUUGCCUUACGUGGAUUUCUUGGACAGAGUCCAUAAGGCGGAGUUGAAGCUAAGGGCUAAAGGGUUGUGGGACGUGCCACAUCCUUGGCUCAACCUCUUUGUCCCCAAAUCAAGGAUUGCUGAUUUCGAUAAGGGCGUUUUCAAGGGCAUUUUGGGCAAUAAAACAAGUGGACCCAUUCUCAUUUACCCCAUGAACACAGACAAGUGGGACCAAAGGAGCUCCGUAGUGACACCCGUUGAGGAAGUGUUUUAUUUGGUGGCGUUUCUAAGAUCGGCUUUGGACAAUGGUGAGGAGACCCAGACAUUGGAGUACCUGAACAAUCAGAACCGUCAGAUUCUCAGAUUCUGUGAUGAUGCAGGAAUCAAGGUGAAGCAAUAUCUACCUCACUACACCACUCAGGAAGAGUGGAUGGACCACUUUGGGGAUAAGUGGUCCCAGUUCUACCAGAACAAGAUGGAAUUUGAUCCCCGGCGCAUUUUAGCAACUGGCCAACGUAUAUUCACGCCGUCCUUUGUUGCUGCGUCAUCAUCUUAUUCUUCUUCUUCUUUUAGUACCGUGGCCCUGUGGCGAUAA